UCCCACGAAUGAUCAAAUGGAGCUGUGGCCGAGUGACUCACUGCUUCGGACUGCUGUGCCUCUGCAGAAGAAGCACCUACCGGGUGCCAGACCCGGGGCCAGCCUCUUCUCCCUCCCAUCUCAUUCUUUCCUACAAGGGCAGUGCGUCGGGCUUGCAGACGUUGCAGUCCCAGACUGAGCUGCUUGGAGACUCCUCACAUCCCAUAACACACAGAAGAAGAAUCACGGAACCAGUGGGAAAAGAUCACAACAGCAGAACCUCCUUGUCCUGUAAUCGCCUCUGAAAAAAAGAACAAAAGGCUGGAAGGUGAAAAUGGCAACACCAAAGAACACUCCCCGUGGCUCGAACAUCAUGCCGCUGUCCCCCAACCGCAUCACCAGGCUGCAGGAGAAAGAGGACCUCUCCAACCUCAAUGACCGCCUGGCUGUCUACAUCGACAAGGUGCGCUCGCUGGAGGCCGAGAACGCCUGCUUGCGGGUGCGCAUCACUGAGUCGGAGACCGAGGUGACCCGGGAACUAACUGGCCUGAAGAACGCCUACGAGGCAGAACUGGCGGACGCGCGCAAGACGCUGGACUCUGUGGCCAAAGAGCGCGCUCGACUGCAGCUGGAGCUGGGGAAACUGCGGGAGGACCACAAGGAGCUGAAGGCCAGAAACACCAAAAAGGAGUCAGACCUGGCUGCAGCCCUGCAGAGGCUCAAAGAUCUGGAAGCCCUGAUGAACUCCAAGGAUGCCUCUUUGACCACAGCUUUAGGGGAGAAGAGAAACCUGGAGGUAGAAAACCGGGACCUGAAGGCGCAGGUUUCCAAGCUGGACACCGGUCUGGGUGAUGCCAGGAAGCAGCUCCAGGAUGAGAUGCUGAGGAGGGUGGAUGGAGAAAACCGCAUACAGACCCUGAAAGAGGAGCUGGAGUUUCAGAAGAACCUCCAUUCUGAGGAACUGCAGGAGACAAAGCGGCGCCAUGAGUCUCGUAUGGUGGAGAUGAACAACGGUCAGCAGCAGGACUUUGAGAGUAAACUGGCAGAGGCGCUGGUAGAAAUGCGCAGCCAGCAUGAGCUACAGAUUCAAUUGUACAAAGAGGAGAUUGAGAAGACGUACAACGCAAAGCUGGAAAGUGCUCGACAGUCGGCAGACAGGAGCAGUCACUUGGUGGGAGCGGCCCACGAGGAGCUGCAGCAGAUACGGACUCGUCUGGAGUCCACGUCGGCCCAGCUGAGCCAGCUGCAGAAACAGCUGGCAGCUCGCGAGGCGAAGAUCAGAGACCUAGAGGACGCUCUGACACGGGAACGUGACUCCACCCGGCGCCUGCUGGCUGACAAGGAGAGAGAAAUGGCAGACAUGAGGCAACGGAUGCAGCAGCAGCUGGAUGAGUAUCAGGAGCUCCUGGAUGUUAAGCUGGCUCUGGAUAUGGAGAUCUGCGCUUAUAGGAAACUUCUGGAGGGAGAGGAGGAAAGGCUGCGUCUGUCCCCCAGCCCCCCUCCCACUAGAGUGACAGGAAGUCGUUCUUCAGUGGGCCGCUCAGUCCACAGCAGUGCUCAGAGCUCGCCCGCUAAGAGACGCCGCCCCAACGAAGCCGACAGUGAGGCCUCCAGCUAUGGAGGUGGAGCACUGGCCCGCACUCGCAUCACCCAGCAGGCUUCGGCGAGCGGGCGCGUCACAGUGGACGAGGUGGACCUAGAUGGGAAGUAUGUGAGACUUAGCAACAAAGCCGAUGAGGACCAGAAUCUGGGGAGCUGGCAGGUGAGGCGCCAGGUGGGAUCCGGCACUCCCAUCCUCUUUAAGUUUCCAGCUAAAUUCACCCUGAAGGCGGGUCAAAGGGUCACGAUCUGGGCCUCAAAUGCAGGCGGAUCACAUAAUCCUCCUUCAGAUCUGGUGUGGAAGUCUCAGCCUUCAUGGGGCACUGGAGACCAGUUCCAAACCACCCUGAUCAGUGCCAGUGGGGAGGAGAUGGCGAUGAGAAAGGUCACCUACACACACUUUGAAGAUGAAGACGACAACAUGGUGGCACACAGCACCUGUGGGGACGGUGAGUACAACCUGCGCAGCCGCACAGUGGUGUGCGGCUCCUGCGGCCUCCCCUCAGACAAGUCCAGCAGUUGCUCCGCCUCCUCCUCCACCCGCUCCGUGCGCAGCGGGGGACUCUCUGAGGCACUGCUGCCCACCUCCUAUAUCUUCAGCAGCAGCACUCCGCGCAGGACUGGACCCAGAGUGGAGAGCUGCCCCAUCAUGUGAAGUCCUGCAUCUUCAUCCUUCCUCUUUUUUUUAUCUGUCAGCUUUAUAUGAUUAUAAACAAGGAAUGCAUGCAUUAAAACUUUCAAUAUUUUUUUAGUUAUGCAUGAAAACAGCAAGUGCAGAUUAUUUUUUACCUCGACUUUUUUUGUAAAAAAAUCCAUGUGUUUUUUUUUUUUUGCUUGAAUGUUGUCAUUAUUCUUAAAAACUAAGUUUAUCUUAAAAGUUGAUAGCAUACACAAACAUAUGGGACAUACUUUAUACUUUACUGAGUAAUAAAGGUUUUACAGAAA